CCAUUGGAGCUGUCACCAGUGCACGUACACCAACACCAUCGACAACAGCGAGAAAGUGAAGAAGCGAACUGGACGUGCGUGUGCAGACCGCAGGCACGGUAGAAUUCGAUUUUCCGCGUGAAAAAUCCUCCGAACUUGGCUGGUGUGGUGGAAAAUCGCUUGCGGAAGCACGCCUUCGCUCCCUAAUACCUCUGCCGUGUGCCAAAUCGUGUGCGAAAGGAAGAGAAGCAGCUGCAGCAGCCCAACAAACCAUAAAACCAGGGGAAAAACACUCCACGCUGAUGUUGAACGCUGAUUGAAGACGAAAGCGAAACCACAGUGUGCAAUGUGUUGUGUAGUGUGCUGUAGUGUUUCCAGCCCACGCCAGAAGAAUACUACCCGCCGCCCGCAAGACGUCGGCGCUGUUGUUCUGCGUAUGUGACCAUGUGCGUAGUGCGGGAAGGUAGUGAAGGUAGCACAAUAAGAAAAGCAGCCCGUGCGCGCGUGUGAGAUUGUGCGUAGCUACCCGCGUUGGUGUGCUCUGUGAGGGCUGAAGGGCAUUGGAGUGUGUGUGUGUGUGUGUGUGUGUGUGUGUGCGAGAGAGUGGGAAGGAAAAUCAAAAAUCACCGUUUCACUCUCUUCCCUUGUCCGCCUUGCCUGCUGAUGAUAGUGUGAGCUGAAAAGGUAUGGUGGAAAGCAAAAGAAAGCAGCGAAAAUUGAUGCGUAUUUGCCGCGCAUGGUCGCGCACUGGUUGUGUUGGUUGGUUUGGUUGGUGGUACGAUGGUGCGGUGUGAAUCGUGAACCAGCCCCAGCAGCAGCGGUGAGUUUCGUGAGUGAGACGUGAUGUGACGUGAUGUGUGUGUGAGGUGUGCGGAGGCUUAUUCGUGCUGUUCCGUGUUGGUGGUGCGUGUUGAUAACAUCAGUCCACUGUCAGCAGCGCGCGCUUGUGUACACACCCGGCCCAGCCCCGUGCAAGCAAAUGUCGCGUGGGAGAGAGUGAAAAAGUCACAAUAGAAAUACAAACACAAUCCCCACUAAUAUCACAGUGUGCUUAUGAAGUGAAGCUCAUCGUAGCCUACUGGGCUUGGUUUGAUUUUGCUGACCAUCAUCCCCAUUGGUCCCCGGUGCAACAAAUUGGGCGAAGAAAGCAAUUAACAAAACACAGAUACAACGGUGUGUGUGUGUCGCUUCUGUGUAUUUUGUGGACGAUAUUGUUCCGAUAUCAUUUCAUAGUGUCGUUUGCGGAAGUGUCGAUAUGCGUUCGGGCUAGUUUCGCGCACCGCACCUCGCUAACCCGUCCGUCCCCUCCGGACGUGGCGACACUCUCCCACUUCCAAAGUCCCACGGGCGGCUGUGGUGCUUUUUAUUUACAUAGUGCACUGUUUUCCUCCCCGUCAUGGUUGCGGUCAUUGCCGACGUCAUCAUUAGCGGUGUUGUUGGUGUUGUUGCAGGUGGAGCAAACGACGACUCAACCGGCGGCGGAUGAUGCGAACGAUGAUGAAGCGUGUGUGUCUGCUGUGUGUAUGUUUAGUUUUUCAAAAGUGAAUCAGUGGUGAGCACAAUCGGUGGUGAGAGAGCGUGAGAAACGGUUUUCUAUCACGAUGGCGAUAGUGAGAAGCAAUGAGAGCAAGAUGCGCGCAAAUGUGUGCUGCGAGACGUGUGUCUGAGUGUGUGUGUGUGAGUGUGCUCAGAUGCGAGCUUUGCCUAUUGCGAGCAGGGAAGGAAAUGUGCAUCGUGCUUCUGGGAAGGGUGUGUAAGCUGUGACAAGGGUGUGUGUGUGUUAGUGUGUGUGUGGGGGCUGCAGGAGUUGAGACGAGCGGGCGGCGAUCAAAACAUGAUCAUCGUUACACAAUCGACAAUUCCGACAACGAUGCAUCCUUUCCAAGGCAGACUGAACCACCACCAGCAGAACAAGGAGCAGCAUCAACAGCAGCAACAUACUACACCGAGCAGUAAUCGGAAGCAUCUUCCACUCAUGCCCGGGAGCGGCAAGCAGGAACAGCAACACCAGCCGCAACGUCCCUGCAGCUGUUCCGGUCAGCAGCACAUAGCAGCGCGAAACCUGGUCCUGAUCGGCACCAGUAACCCGCCAAACGGAACGAUCCGGCAAACUGCCGCUGAAAGUGUCACGUGCCGAAGGAAGUUGCAUUUCCACAGAACAGCAGUAAAGCAUAGUGCUGCGGGAACAUUGGUAAAGUGAAAUACAGCAAGUAGUGUAAAGCCAUGGAACAGUGUAAUUAUAUCGUCACAAAAAGAACGGUUAAACACAGUGCUGCGUGUUAGGAUAAGAGAAAAAAAAGUUUAAGCGAUCCGCUAACAAUCCGAUCCUCGUCGGUGUAAAAGUGUAAAGUAGCGUUUAGAUGCCGUGUGCUUAGUAGCAACCAUCAAAAGGGUAAAUAAUUAGUAGUAAAAAAGUGUGUAAAAUAGUAAUUGGGUGUGGGACAACGCCCAAACGGCCCCACAGGUUACGACACGCGGUGCGUAACGAGAGCAUCCUCUACCUCUACCCUGCACUGCGUCCAGGAGUGGCAACAUUUACGUCAAUUGUCUGUGUAUUUGCCUUCUGCGCAAUCCCGACGGAACGUUGGCGCGGAAGGUGGAACCAGAAACCAACGGUGGUAGUAGGAGAAGCCCCAUCGACGGGGUAGCAAAGCAAGAAGGUCCCUGCUCCGCUAGGGGGUAGUACUUAAGCAAAACCCUAGUGGACGGCAGCAGCAGCAGCAGCAAUGGCCACUCCGAACUACAAGGAGCUGAAGCUGCAGUCGCCGGCCGGUGCCGAACCGUUCCUGUACAACUUCCCGUUCUCGACGGUGAUGGGCACGGGGCACGAUUCGGGCGCCGAGCUGAUCGAGAACGUGCGCUGGGUGUGCGAGGACAUGCCGGAGAUCAAAUCGGCGAUCGAGGAGAUCGAUCUGAACAACCUGGACACGAACAACUACGAUGCGAUGAAAAACCUGUGCGAUCGGUUCAACCGAGCGAUCGACAGUGUGGCGGCACUGGAAAAGGGAACAUCGCUGUCGAACCAACGGUUUACCUACCCGUCGCGCGGGCUGCUGAAGCACAUCCUGCAGCAGGUAUACAACCAGGCCGUGGUGGAGCCGGAGAAGCUGAACCAGUACGAGCCCUUCUCGCCGGAGGUGUACGGCGAGACGUCGUUCGAUCUGAUCUGCCAGAUGAUCGACCAGGUGAAGAUCACGGCCGACGACGUGUUCGUCGAUCUGGGCUCGGGCGUCGGGCAGGUGGUGCUGCAGAUGGCCGCCUCGACACCGGUGAAGGUGUGCUUCGGCAUAGAGAAAGCGGACGUGCCGUCCAAGUAUGCGGAGGGCAUGAACACAACGUUCAAGCUGUGGAUGCGCUGGUUCGGCAAGAAGUACGGCGACUACGAGCUGAUCAAGGGCGACUUUCUGGCGGACGAGUAUCGGGAGAAGAUCACCUCCGCCACGAUCGUGUUCGUGAACAACUUUGCGUUCGGCCCGAACGUUGACCAUCAGCUGAAGGAGCGGUUUGCCGACCUGCGGGACGGUGCCCGCAUCGUGUCGUCGAAAAGCUUCUGCCCGCUCAACUUCCGCAUCACCGAUCGCAACCUGAGCGACAUCGGUACGAUCAUGCACGUGAGCGAGAUGAGCCCGCUGCGGGGCUCGGUGUCGUGGACGGGCAAGCCGGUGUCGUACUAUCUGCACAUCAUCGACCGGACGAAGCUGGAGCGCUACUUUCAGCGGCUGAAAACGAAGGGCACGGAAAACCAUACGGACGGCACGAGCGGAGGCGGCAGCGGUUCGCACUCGACGCGCUCGUCUCGGUCGCGCAAGGACAACAACACCAACCACCACCAUCACCAUCCGAAGGUGAUCACGAACGACGACAGCACGUCGGAGAGUGACACGGACGUGGUCGGGCCGACGACGCGCAAAGCAUGGUCCGACUGGAACAGCGGCAAGGAGGGUAAGACGAGUCCGUCCGAGGAGGAGAACAACAAUUCGCCGGUCCUGCGGAACGGUCGCAUCCCGGUGGCCACCAAAAAGCGGCGAAAGAUCACCCGCACCAAGGCGGCGGGCAAGAAGGCGGAACUGGCGGCAGCUAGUGCCGCGGCCGCGGCGGCUGCUGCAGCGGCGGCGGCGGCAGCAAACCGGGACAUGGGCGUUGGCACGUCGGCCGCGUCGGCUGCCGCAGCAGCUGCGGCGGCGAUGGCUGGCGGCAAGAAACGGGGCCGCGUUAAGGGCAAGGGACGGCAGCGGCGUCCGCUGAACAUUGCCGGGCUGGAUUUGCUGCACAACGAGACGCUGCUGAGCACGUCGGAACAGAUGAUUGGCAAGCGGUUGCCGCCGGCACCGGGAUGCGUCGACCAGCAGCUUACCUCACUGGCGGGCGAUAUGCAGCACAACGAACUGGACAUUCCGGAGGCCCCGUCGGAGACGCCGUACGCGCUACAGAUACUGCUCGACUUGUACAAGACUCAGUUUAUGAAGACGAUCGAAGCGAUGCGCAAACCAUCGUACAAAGACAACGUGCAGCAGCAGUUUGACCGGGAGAAGGAGCGCAACCAGCGGCUGAUGAAUCGGGCCGGCCAGCUCGAGAAGCAGAUUAAGGUGCUGAUCGACGACAGUGUGGCACUGCUGAAGGCACGCAUGAAUGAGCUGGGCAUUAGCACGACCAGCCAGAACGAUUUGCUGUGCAAGGCGAAAGAGAUCGUCGGCCGGCAUAAGGAGCUGCAGGUGAUGGCAGCCAAGCUGCAGAACCAGGUGAACGUGAUCGAGCAGGAGCAGAAGCGGCUGGUGAUGCAGCAUCUUACGAAGCUGACGGUCGAGCAACAGCAGCAGCAUCAGCAACAGCAACAGCACCAGCAGCUACACCCGCACCAGCCCUACAUUAAGCAGGAGGAUGCUGAGCUUACCUCUUCCAGCUCGAACGAGCUCGUCCUGAAAGCGAUUGCCAGCACGCUAUCCCAGCGCAAGAAGCUGUACGCACAAGUCUCCAAUCUGGAAACGGAGCUGAAUCUGAUAGAAAAGCUUACGGAGGAGCGCAAAUCGAUGGUGGUGGGCUUAUCGGCAGCAGCGCCAAACAGCAAUCAUAACAGUGCGUCGUCUACAGCGGCGGCUGCUGCUGCUGCUGCUGCCACGUCGACGAUCAUUUCGGUUGCCCGAGCAACGGAAGUGCGUGAUCGGGAGCUGUAUGGGCACGCCGGUCAGUUGCACCCGGCUACGAUUGGCGGUGGGCGAGAACGGGAACACAUCCAUCCGGACGGCACUACCACCAGCAAACACACGUCCGACCCUGUCCGCACGCUACCGGCAGGAGCUGCGGCCGGACCGGUAGGAGUCGCCGGAAGUGCUGCGCCCUUGCCUCCUCCACCAAUGGCAGGCGUUGGGUCGGCAUCGGUCACUGUACCGUCCACGCCGACGAAGCAAGGAUCCGGUGGUGGGUCUUCGCGGUCGGCACAGCGAAAGUCUCGCGAAAAUCGAACCCGCUCGCAGGAGUGGCCCGAAAUACCGGACAUUGGCAAGAUUGAGGAGAACAAUCCGGAGAUCCUCGCCCAGAAGAUACUCGAAACGGGCAGGCAGAUCGAGGCGGGCAAGCUUCUCGCUGCCGGCAAACACGCUUCCAAAGAACGUGGCAGCGAGGGCAAACUCGCCCCCGUGGUCACCGCAGGCCACGGAUCGAGUGCAGCUGCCGGUACUGCGGCACCGCAGCACAUUGCACACCCACCUACAGUGGGCGCACCAGCUCCACAACAGCAGCCGUACCCUCAUCAUCAUCAACAGCCGCACUCGCAACCGUCGCAACCACCUGUCCAUCCUCAUCUACACCAUCCGGAUACAGCGUUGAUGCCUGCGCCGGCCUCUACCAUCAACAAGGCUCACCAUCAUCAUCGUAGCAACAGUGGGGGGCCCAGUGGGGCCGUGCCACCAUCUGUACCUACGGGCGGUGGGUCGCUUCCGAAGUGUUACGUACCUGGCACUGCGUCAAACGAGCAUCAUAGCGGUGGUGGACGGAACGCCGCCGAAGGUGCUAGCGGUACAGGACGUGGUGGGAGUAGUGGCGGUGGUGGUGGCAGUGGAAAGUUGCAAGAUUCGCAUAAGGUGGUCAACUUCGAGGAUCGGCUGAAGAGUAUCAUCACCUCCGUACUGCAAGGAUCCCCAAAAACGGGAAACACAGCAAGCUCGGCACCGGCGCCAGUGUCUUUAACGGUAACUGGACCUCCACCGGCUGGCCCAUCGCCUGGUGCUGGCCACCGUGAUGCUCAUCAUCGCAGUGGAAGCGGCGGCCAUCAACCGCUAACGAUGGAGCCCGCUGGAUCACCGUUGAAAGCGACAUCUGCAUCGGGGGCUGGCUAUGGAUCGGCUGCCGGUCCCGGAAAGACGACGGUCUAUCUACAAUCCUCUCCCGGGGCAGGGUCGCAUCAUCCACACCAGAUGGUGGUCGCCCAAGAUAUGUCCGCUCGCUCGUCGUCCGGUGGACGAGGGCCCAGCCCUUCGGCGCACAAUCCGGCGCAUCAGCAGCAGAUACAUCCACAUCAGCAGCAACAGCACCAGCAUUACCAGAUGCAACAGCAACAGCAGCAUCAACAUCAGCAGCAGCAGCAGCAGGGAAUGCUGAACGUAAUCACCAGCGGCGCACACCAUCUGAAUGCCAGUACCUCGAUUUCGACCUCGCCCGUGCCAACGUCUCCGUACAAAAUGCAUCCCACCGGGCCGCAAGCGAGUAGUAUCGCUGGCAGCGCCUCGACAAAGAUCUCACCGAGUUCGAAGUAUCCCUAUCAGAAGGGCGGACCCGUGGCCGGUAUGAGUCACCAUUCGCCGGGCUCGUCCGCAUUGAGCACGCACCAGCAAAUCAUUCAGCAGCAGGAGCGCGAGCGGGCCAUGCUGUACGCUGCCGCCGCCCACGGCGGUGGCUUGCCGAUCGACCAUCCGCAUCAUCCCUUGCAUCAGCAUCAUCAUCGCGGCAUGCCGCCGUCCUUGGUGGAUGGGAAAAUGCUCGAGUUUAAGGCGCCAGAAAAUUUCCGCUACGAUCCGCGUGCAAGCGGGCCCAGUGGUGCGGCCGGCAAUGGGCCACCAAUGCUCGACACGUCUGCGGUGUCGCUGCAGAGCCAUUCGCGCAGCUCGUCAACCAACUCGCUCGACAGCAUCCCGGCGGCCGACUACGGACCGGCAUCCGCUGGAGCGUCUGCGGUGGGUAGUGGUGGGGCACGGUACGGUGGGCAACAGCAACAGCCGAUCCCGCUGGUGACACAUUCGCCCGGCGUUGGAUCGCAAGGAUCCGGGCCGCAGCACGGUGGAAACAAUUCGCGCCCCGGCUCGACGUCCUCCCAGCCCGACUACACGCAAGUGUCGCCGGCAAAGAUGGCGCUUCGUCGACAUCUGUCCCAGGAGAAGCUUACCCACCCAUCGGCGGGAGGACCGGCCGCUGGUGGUCCGGUGAGCGGAGGACCUGGCGCUGGUGGUAGUGGUGGCGGACUGGGCACGGUUAAAACGAUUGGCGAUCUGGUGAACGGUGAAAUUGAACGUACGCUUGAGAUAUCCAACCAGUCAAUCAUAAACGCGGCGAUCAACAUGUCCUCCCAUCAGCAACAGCAGCAGCAAUCGUCUGCCGCGUCCGGUAAUUCGUCGGCACCUCCGGCAUCGGGUAACAACACGGUAAUCAACACGCACGUGCAGCGUCCCGAGCGUGUAAGCAUUCGGCUGCUGGAGGAAGCAGGACACGCAGCAGCGGGCGGGCCACCACCGCCGGGAAGCAGCGGCGGAACGUACAGCCCCAUUUCUAGACCGGGCAGUGUCGGAGAUUCUGGCAGCAAGUCACCCGUCCACCAUCUGCACGGUCAAAGCAAUCUGGCCUCGCUGGUGCAGGUAUCGGCAUACAAUAGUAAAAAUCAAAAGGGAGCUGGCACAACAGCUGUGCCGAGUACAAUCGUAUCGCCGCGUGGUGGUGGUUCCUCACAGCAGCAGCAGCAUCACCAGCAGUACUCGACGGCACCAGGUAGUGGUGCUGCCGGUGGUCCCGGUGCGGUUUAUCAGCAGUCUACGUCCCGUGGGCACGAUCGCCAUCAUUCCGGUGAACCAAUGCCUUACAUGGCGUUGCCGCGAGCGGAUAUGAAACCGUACCUGGAAUCGUAUUUCACCGACGAGCAUAAUAAGCGACAGCAACAGUUGCAUCAACAGCAGCAGCAGCACCAACAGCACCCGCAGCACCAGCAACAACAUCUGCAACAUCCAGUGCAAUCACCUUCGCCAUCAGCAAUGUCAGCCUCGGCUAUGGGUUUGCAUCAUCAUCAGCAGCAGCAAAUGCAUCAUCAGCAUGCACCGCUAGCGAUGCAUCGUGCAAGCCAUCCGGUGGACCUUCAUCGCGGUUCGGUGGUAAUGAACGAGCCGGGAAUGCUUUCCCGCUCUCGUGGCGAAAUGAUCCCAAUGGAUGACAACAGAAUGGACCGCUUAAACGGUGGCCCACCUUUGGAAGGACUUGCCGCAUCGUUGCAAGCACGCGUAAUCGCAACACUCAAGAUCAAGGAAGAGGACGAAGAGCGUCAUAGGCGCGAUCUGAGCAUCCAUCAUAGUACUUCCGGAACGAUAAACAGUAGCAGUAACAGCAUUAACAGUACCAAUAGCAAUAUCCACGGUGGAAGCCUUCAGAUAGUACAAACUGCACACAUUAAGUCUGAAAAAUACACCUCAUCAUCAUCCUCAUCUUCUACAUCGUCAUCGUCCUCGACGUCAUCCCAUCAUCACCAUGCCCUGAAACGUACCUCACCGAUCGUGGAACAUCCGGCCGGCACGCGGCCACCGAAGAUGCUCUAUACGACGUCCGCCUCGGCCGGUGGAAUGGAUUGUGGACCGGAUGCGGAUAUGCUGCACGUGCCGCGCGGUGCCGUACCCGGCAGCAGCGUGGUCGGCCACAGCGCUGUCCGUGGCGGAUUGCUCGUUGCACCGCCGCUGGUAAUGAGCCCGGAAAUAAACUCGCUGUCGUCGGUGGUAGACGAUGGACGGCAUCACCAUCAGCUGCACGUGCGGCACAAUCACCAUUCGCGCAACGACGUAGACGAUGAUGUGGUGAUCGGUGACGAUGAAUCGAGCUGGCACGAUCGCGUUAGCUCCGGGUUCGAUCGGCUGGUAGCGUUCGCCUCGACCGAGCUGGACAAGACGCGCCGCUCGAACGAGGACGCACCGGCGUCGUCCGCCAGCUGUACCACCUCACCGGACAGUGGCAUCAAUCAGAGCGACCACAGCCGCACGUUCCUGUCGUCGUCGUCGUCAUCGUCGCAGCUGGAUGUGCCACCGGGCAGUGCCAGCGUGGGCAGCAGCAGCAGCAGCAGCAUCAGUAGCAGCAGCAGCAGCAACAGCAGCACCAGCAGCAUCGGUAGCGUCACCGGUGGCCACGGUGGUGGAAGCGGCGGUUCGCACGGCGUCGGAGGCCACGCAGGCGUUCCCGGCGGGCUGAUGAUGAAGCACAUGGUACCGAUCAUAAAAUCGUCCCCGGCCGAACCAGUGGACAGUCCGCCGCUUUCGGACGUCGGGCUACCGCGCACGCCGAGUCCUACGUCGAGCCCACCGCUGCUGUUCGGGCAUCCCACCGCAAGCAGUACCGCGAUCGCUGGUGGUGCUACCACUUCGGCAGUGUCAACGGUUAUGCAGCCGUCCCUGUUGCAUCCACCGGUCGUCGGUGGACACGCACCGGUGGCCGGUAGUGGUAAUAAUAACGGUGUGGUGACGCCUGCAGCUGGCAGUGCAGCGCCCGUUAACAAUUCCAACAGUGGCAACAGCAGCAGUAGCAGCAGCAGUUUGGGCAUUCCACUCAAGUACCAGCGCCAGUCAAAGUCGUCCUCGUCGUCGUCGGAGAAGCAUUACAAGAAGAAGUUCCGCGAACGCAACUGGGAGGAGUACGAGGAGAGUCUGAGCGGUGGACGUAACAGUGCGAUAAGCGGCAGUGGCGAUGUACCGAUGGACCAGCAGGACUAUCAUCAUACGGUCGCGUCCCUGAACGCUCCGCACAGCGGCAGUAUGGACGUUGGCAAUGCGUCUGCUCCAUCAUCCACGAGCAUGUCCGCUGAGCCAAUCGGACCUGCUGUUGGGGACAAGCGUAAUGAUGAUCACGCUGCUCAGCAUCAUCACCAGCAACAACAACAGCAACAACAACAGCAGCAGCAACAACAACAACACCACCACAAACAUAAGUCGGCCAAAUUUCGACCAAAGGGCAAGGACUGGAACUGGGACGACGAGCACUUGAAUGCGUCGUCCGGCUCGGCGACAUCGACGCGUGGGGCCGGCCGAUCGGGAACCAACACAGCCACGACCUGAUUGAUCGUGCUCGAAAAUUGGCAACGGUUUGCGUAGGUUCCAUCAUCUACCACCACCCCACAUCAACCAUCUCCCGGGACGAACGCGCUCACAAUGCUUAACUGCAUGCGUGCGUGCGCAUCGAUAUUAGCGUUUAUUUGGCGUUAGCAAAACUACACAACUGUGCAUCAAUUUUUCGUUAUUAUCGUGCCCAUUUUUACCUUGCAAAGCUGCUUCACAUGCAACAAUAAGCGUACGAGGAUCGAGUUAGGGCCAAGCGACUGAAAGGGUCUAUUUUUGACGGUUUUUUUUAAUUAUUCGUAAAUAGUUGUGUUCAAAUUUAAGUUCCUAGUAAAGACAAACAGGGGUUCAUUUAACAUUUUCCUUUUUUCUAUUGAUGAAAUGGGAGAGUUGCUCAACAAAAUAAUUUUAACCAUUUAGACCAAUUUCGUCCAGCAACGUUCAACUUUUUGUUUAGCGCAAAACAUUUCCGCGAUUUAGUAUAAUAUAGUUCAAUCGUGAACGAGAUUGUGUAGAAUCUCGUUUGUUUUUGUCUCCAGAAUUACCAUCCUCCUCACGGCCAUGGAUUCUGUACUUUCGUGUAACGGUGCGUUUAUGUAACUGCCAUUUAUUAGUGAUUCAUCGCCAUGUAUCCAGUUCGGGCGUGUGCGUGCGUGUGUGUGUGUUCACUAAACAACCUGAUAUACAGCCCGGUUGCUUUGAUGACGUUUUUAGAACAAUGUUUGGUGAUUUUGAUUUAAUGCUCGUCCUCGUGUAUAGAAAGACGAUUAGUACCUAGUGUGUUGUUAGCACGCGUGAUGCAGUUUGAAACGAUCUAUUUCGUUAGAACAAAAAAGAAAGUUGUGGAAAUUCAUCAUCCACAGAAAGAGAGAGUGAUAGAGUAAUGAUUUAUGUAUGCGUACGUGUGCGUCUUCUGUUUGGCGAAGAUGAAAGACUGAACUUUUUUCACAUUUGAACUGCCCAACCUACCUACUACUACUAAUUAUCGUUUAGACUUAAAAGGAAGUCGCCCUCCUCACGGUGAGGUGGCCACUCCGUUCGCCUAACUUUCGGUCCGAUUAGUUUCAUUAUUACGCUGGUAAUGGCUGUGGUUUUGUUGUUUUUUGUUUUCUUUUAUUUUUAGUACACGAUUUGAAGUAGUUUUGCGCCACCGUAUGAUUGUUCUGUCGAGGUGUGUACGCGCCGAAUGUAAAACCUAACGACUAACGAAUUAAUUAAUGGGGGAAAAACAUUUUUCGAUGCAUUUUUCUUCUCCCCCUUACCCCGGAAGCAAUUUAUACACACACACACACACGCGCACAGUUUUACUUUCAAACCAGGGCAACAAAUAGGCUUAUCCUGUACUCCUGUUGGGCUUACACUGGGAUUAAAACUUCACUAAUAAUCUACCUUCCACAAACUUCACCAAGCAAAAGAAAACAAGAAGCAAAUAUUAAACCUCAUGCGUGUUAGGAUGAAGAGAGAGAGAAAGAGAGAAAGAGAGAGAGAGAGAGAGACAGAGAGAAAGAGAGGAAGCGAUUAGCUGUAGUAUGGGUAGUAGUUUUAAAGACAGUUAGUACACUAGUUGGGCGCAGCGUGUGUACAUACAGCAGCACGGCAAAAGGAACGGUCCGCUUCAUAUGAGCUCCGGGCAAGGCGUAGUGAAAUAGGGCGUGGGAAGAAAAUGGAAGUAGAAAGUAACAAUGGAGGAGAGUUGAAACAUAUGCAAUGGACACAGAAAAAGAAGAAGUUAUAUAUUUCUAUUAUACUGAAUAUUAAAAACAACAUACCGAUGAAUGCGAUAAA